AUGAAUCAUGCUGUUAUGCGGCGGCCCGCACGCACCAUUUGGCGCAAUGAGCAAGACGUGCUGUUGGUGUCGCUUCUGACUGAAUAUCGCACGCUUUUGGACAAUCGCAGUGAUGCUCGUCAUCACGCGGCACGGACCCUCAAGCAGUUUUGGGACCUCAUUGCCCGGGAACUCACAGCACGAUACCACAUAGUACGAAAUGCUCGACAAUGCAAGGAUCGUUUCCGGCUGCUUUAUACGCGAGGAAUCCGCAACACGCACAAUGGUAUCGAUCCGCAAACGGGCGUGGACGCGCUAUGUCUCGAACUGAACCAAAUGUUUUACCUGGACGCCAGAAACAACAUCAAUCUGCUCCUGGAAGGCGAUCAGCACAACAGAAGGCUGCAAGUUCAGGACGAAGAUAAUAGCCUGGAAGAAGACUCCAAGGAACAUGGUGACAUGAACGAAACACACGAUGAAAUCACUAUUGACGAAGAUAAACCAUACCUUCAGCCUGUCCCGCAACAGCUUCACCGCAGUAAGAUCUCAACGGAAUCUGGAACCAAUCCCACAGCAGUGCCCUUAAUUACAGAUCCGGUUGUUUGCUCGCUACCGCCUGCGGUGCCUGCUCUCCCUGCACCUCCGCCGCCGCCGCCGCCUUUUGCUCCAGUGUAUCAGGAUCCGCAAAUUCAGCUACUGAUGGACCAAGUUCUGAUGCUGGAUCGCCAGGUAGCCGACCUAUAUGCACGUCUGGAAGAAUUGGGUGAUAGUACCCAUCGCCGAUUUGAGCAAGUGUUGGGUGACAGCGCAGAGUACGCAUCACGUGCUAGAUCUCAAAAUACGAGUUCGACAUUAGGCUCAACCGUAUCAAACCCAGUAGUGCAAAUUAAUCCAAUACAUCACCAACAUCAACAGCUGCAAUCUCAAGCACAUCGUUCGCUUGCUAGCGUCGCGUUCCGUCCCGCUUUUCCGCCUCCCGUACAACGUGCUGAGCAGCAGACUUCACGACCAGUUUCCAAUGCAUCUUCAGCACAUUCCGAACCUCCGCCUCCUCCACGUUCGGCCAGCCCCAGGUCACGUACGGGUCCUCAAACAAGAUCUCGAAACUCUUUAUCAUGA